AUUUUCCUUUCAUCAAUCACUUCACAGUUAGUUUUUGACAAAAUUUGAUUUAUUUACUUAGAAAAUUAACAAACAAGUCACAGUACUUGUUACUCUUGUUACAAUUAACAUUGCUAUGGCGAUCUUCAAGAUUCUCGUGUUGUUGCUAAGCUUGUCUUGUUUUUGUCAAGCACAACUUUCUCCUACUUUCUACGACCAAAGAUGUCCAAACGCUCUUUCAACCAUCCGAUCGUCAAUUCGAACAGCGAUCAGCCGUGAACGUAGAAUGGCUGCUUCUCUCAUCCGUCUCCAUUUCCACGACUGCUUCGUCAAUGGUUGUGAUGCAUCGGUCAUGCUCGUGGCUACUCCUACCAUGGAGAGUGAGAGAGAUGCAGUGGCAAACUUUCAAUCAGCGAGAGGAUUUGAAGUUAUCGAUCAAGCCAAAGCUGCUGUUGAGAGUGUCUGUCCUGGUGUUGUUUCUUGCGCUGAUAUCAUUGCCGUUGCCGCGAGAGACGCUUCUGAAUACGUCGGAGGUCCAAUAUAUGCAGUGAAGGUUGGUCGGAGAGAUUCCACCGCCGGGUUUAGAGCUAUCGCAGACAGCGGCGAUCUCCCCAACUUCAGGGCAAGCCUCGACGAACUCGCUGAUCUCUUCCUUCGAAAAGGCCUCAACACUAGAGACCUCGUCGCUCUCUCAGGAGCUCACACUUUAGGGCAAGCUCAAUGCGUCACGUUCAGGCAAAGGCUUUACGACAACUCAAGUGACAUUGACGCCGGAUUCUCCAGCACACGUAAGCGCCGCUGUCCGGUCAACGGUGGAGAUACGACUCUAGCACCUCUAGAUCAAGUGACACCAAAUUCGUUCGACAAUAACUAUUACAGAAACUUGAUGCAGAAGAAAGGACUUUUGGAGACCGAUCAGGUUUUGUUCGGAAGCGGGGCUUCUACUGACAGUAUUGUAUCGGAAUACAGCAGAAACCCUUCUCGAUUCGCGUCUGAUUUUGAAGCUGCAAUGAUCAAGAUGGGAGAUAUUCAGACACUCACUGGCUCAGCUGGACAAAUCCGGAGGAUCUGCACUGCUGUUAAUUAAAAAGAUAUUACUAGCUGCUCUUGUCCGAGACUUAGAAUUGAUGUUACUCUAUUCUUUUUACAUUUAUCCAUUUGGUUCAUUGUUGUAAUAAUUGUAUGUAACUAAUUACCUGCAAUAAUUCGUUUGUAUUUUGAAUAAUAUUUUUAAUGAUAAUUAUUUUUUCCCCUA